UCUGAAGCCCCGCCCCUGCUCGGCUCCUGUCCUCUUCUCCCUGAAACGCUGAUGUGUUACAAGCGUGAGACCUCAAGUCUGCAAAAAUGUUCAAUUUCGGCUCUAAAUGGCUUCUGCUUUUUCUGCUUGCCUUCCCGUGUGGUUUGAUGUCGUUAGGCCAGGUCCAGGCAGAUUCUGACUCUGCUGAGGACGUCGUCGAUGAGGCUGACGAUGCUGUAGAUGAGGAGGAAGAUGACGAAGAGGUGCUCGUUGAGGAAGAUCAGAUUCAGAACACGGAGGCAGAGGAGGAUGACACUGACGAAGGUGCGGAUAAGCUGGUGACCUCUCACCCUGAUGCUGACACCACCAUCAUUUUCACCACCGGAGAAGAGUUCCCUGCCAAUGAAAUUGUGAGGUUCCUGGUGGGUUUCACCAACAAGGGAAGUCAGACUUUCACUGUUCAGUCCCUCGAAGCCUCUUUCCGCUACCCACAAGACUUCCAGUUCUUCAUUCAGAACUUCACAGCUUUGCCCCUGAACACCGUCGUCCAGCCUCAGGCACAGGCUUCUUUCGAGUACUCUUUCAUCCCAGCACAACCUAUGGCCGGCCGUCCAUUCGGUCUCGUUAUCCUCCUCAGCUAUAUUGACACAGAGGGCAGUACGUUCCAGACAGCCAUUUAUAACCAGACCGUCACCAUCAUCGAGCGAGAAGAGGGACUGGAUGGAGAAACAAUGUUCCUGUACGUGUUCCUCACUGGACUGGUGGCUCUGAUGGCCUUUGGGAUAUACCAGCUUCUGGAGUCGAGGACGAGGAGGAGAAUUUCUGUGAAAGUGGAGAAAGGCACUGUUGGAAUUAACGACGUGGACAUCAGCUGGAUUCCCCAGGAGACUCUCAAUGCUAUGAACAAGGCUUCCCCGAAGACUUCUCCAAGGAAGCGAACCAAAAGGGCAGCUGGCACUGACCAGUAAACUUCAGUCAGCUCUAAGCUCUCCUUUUAAUGUCCAUCAGACUUUCAGAGCUCCUCACCGAAACCUUGUGUUUUCUGUUCUCAAAGGAUUGCCAUUUUAAGCCUUAGCAAUGUGUUAAAGAUGUCUUUAUAGAUCCCUGCCUUUCAGUCCGAGGGGCAUCCUUGAAUCUACUGCUCUCAUCAGAGUGUCGCCAUUUAAACACUAACAGGACUUAACUGUUAUAUCAUUUUUUAAUUUCCUUUUUUUUUCAGUUAUGUGAAAAUGUGAUUUAAAAAAUACACCAUUAAGAGUUUAAAGUUUGAGGAAUUGUGAUAGUCUUCACAUUAGUACAGUCAAAACAUCCAAAUGUCAGAUGUAGUGCAUUUUUAUGUGGAGGUUUGUUACCAUAAGUAUCAGAAUGAAACGGAGUGUAUGCUUUCAGACCAAAAACCAUUAUUUUAGAAUGAAUCAUUGGGUUAACACCAUUGUGCUUUAUCUGCACUGUACUUGUGGUGCUCCGGAAAUCGUAAUGAGAAGAAAUGGAUCCCUCUCUUUUUAAUCCAUGUCUGAAAACUUUCCCUUUUUGAAGGCAGUUUCUUUAAUAUGGCAGCUGCAGGUACAACAAGCAUUGAAACAAAGCUCUCAAUGUGUUGCAGGCUCGUUCGUCUCAGGCUCACCUCUCUUUUUCUAAGAUAGAAACACAAGCCCCUCUUUGAUCAUAGGAGGCCGUGAAGCGUUGCGGCUUUUACAGAGCGGUAAAAGUCCAGGCGGUUUGACAUAAUUUGUGAUAUUACUUUUAAGAAACAAUAAAAAGAUGAAGGUGUGGU